AUGGAGGCCAAGGUAAGUUUUCAUGUGCGGCGCUACCUGCGUGAGUGUGAGGAACGUGGAGCGCAUCCAGGCGAGGUUACCAUCACAUCGUACCUGCGUGAUACAUACGCGGAGUAUCAACGUAAACCACAGGGUGCACUGCGUAAAAUGGUGGCUAAAGUGUUGAAAAAGUCACAGCCGAAUCUGUUGGAUGCUAAAAACCAGGACAAAACGGGCUCCGAGGUGCCGAAACGCACACGAUCUAUUAGUGACAGUGAUGAUGAAAGGAAAAUUAGAGCGCAAGAGAAUUUACGAGCCGCAUCAGGCGCUGGAAACGCCCUAAAUCGAGUGAUUCAGCAAAAUUAUGCCAAUGCAGUAGCAGAUAAACCGGUGGUUAAAAAGGUUAAGAUUGUCCGUAAAAGGAUCAAACAGGAGCUUCAGGAGGUGGACAAUGUAGCAGAAGAAAGUAGAGGCUUUGUUGUGGAGCGUCCUACCGCCAGAUAUAGCGACGUGGGAGGGAUUCAGGCCAUUUUGCAAGAAGUUCGGGAACUUAUCGAGUAUCCACUGACUCAUCCAGAAAUUUACGCACAUUUAGGUGUGGAACCACCGAGAGGAGUGCUGCUUCAUGGUCCACCGGGCACAGGCAAGUCCAUGCUGGCUCAUGCCAUUGCAGGAGAGUGUGGAGCCACAUUUCUAAAGAUCUCAGCGCCCGAGGUGGUAUCCGGUAUGUCAGGCGAAUCAGAACAGAAAUUGAGGGAACUGUUUGAUGAAGCCAUUGCACGCGCUCCGUCAAUCAUUUUCAUUGACGAGAUUGACGCAAUUACUCCCAAGCGCGAGACAUCUGCGCGUGGGAUGGAAAAGAGAAUUGUAGCACAGUUGCUGACGAGUACCGACUCGUUGAGUCUAGAAAACACUGGAGGAAAACCGGUGGUGCUGAUUGGAGCAACAAAUAGACCGGAUGCACUGGACUCGGCGUUGCGUCGGGCUGGACGGUUUGACCGCGAGAUUUGUUUGGGAAUUCCGGAUGAAGAGGCACGGGAAAAGAUUUUGCGUGUACUGGCAAGGAAAAUGACAUUAGAGGGAGAUUUUGACUUUGCUAUGCUUGCUCGCCGAACACCUGGAUACGUUGGCGCUGAUCUAGUGUCACUGACGAAGGAGGCUGCGGUCGGAGCCGUGAACCGCAUUUUCACAAAUAUUACCAAAGUAAAUCAGGUGACAAGGAACGUUAAUGCGACUUGUAUGUCUGUCGAGACGGAGAUGUCAGAUGCGAGUUCGAGUGAUGAAUUGAUGGAGACAGAUAUGACUCAGGGUGACUUGGUGGAGAAAGUGAAGGAUAGUGAGACGACUCCAUCAGCAGCUAAUGAUUUGCGCGCUCAGAUGGAACCGUUUACAGAAGCACAGCUAGCACCGCUUAGCAUCACGAUGGCUGAUUUUGAAGCUGCUAUCCCGAAGGUGCAACCAAGCUCGAAACGUGAGGGAUUCGCUACGAUCCCAGAUGUCUCGUGGGACGACAUUGGUGCUCUAAGCGAGGUCCGUGACGAGCUAUCGCUCGCGAUUCUGCAACCGAUUGCUCAUCCGGAGAGGUUUGCAGCUCUUGGUUUGUCCAUGCCUGCUGGUGUAUUGCUGUACGGGCCACCCGGUUGUGGCAAGACAUUGUUGGCUAAGGCUAUCGCACAUGAAAGUGGUGCAAAUUUUAUCAGUAUUAAAGGACCCGAGCUUCUGGACAAGUAUGUGGGUGAGUCGGAGCGGUCUGUGCGGCAGGUUUUCCAGCGAGCACGAGCAUCCUCUCCAUGUGUCGUGUUUUUUGAUGAGCUCGAUGCUUUGGCUCCUCGACGAUCGGGUGGUGCUGGUGGUGAUGCUGGUGGUAAUGGUGUCAGUGAACGUGUCGUGAACCAGUUGUUAACCGAAAUGGAUGGCUUGGACGGUCGUCGCAAUGUAUUUGUGAUUGCUGCAACAAAUCGUCCCGAUAUUAUCGAUUCUGCCAUGCUGCGUCCUGGUCGUCUUGAUAAACUGCUCUAUGUCCCGCUUCCUCAAGCAUCUGCACGCUAUCAGAUCCUAAAAACAAUUGCAGCCAAAUGUGUCAUGGCACCAUCCGUUCAGCUGGAGGCAAUUGCGAGUGAUCCUCGCUGUGAGGGUUUUAGUGGUGCCGAUCUCAAUGCAUUAGUUCGUGAAGCUGGAAUUACAGCUUUGCGUGAGACGGAUUUCUCAAACUUGGAGACUAAUGCUACAGCAGUUUUAGGAAUUGAGCAUCAUCAUUUUCUCGCCUCCUUUGAUCGUGUGUUGCCAUCUGUUUCACGUGCGGAUCAACGAAUGUUUGACCAGAUGAAGAAAAACCUUCGUAAAUCGCGAUCGACCAUGGUGAAAAGUACCGAUAUUGCUGCUGUAAGUGAAGCUGAUUAA